AUGGACAAAGGCAAAGCAGCUGGCAAAAGGGUCACGCGGGCGAGCACCAGCAGCAGCAGUGCAGAACGUGCCAACGGCCGCUAUACGAAAAUGCGAGAUGAAAGCAACCGUGUCGACAGCAUUGCGCUGGACGGCGAGGCACUCCAAACAUUCGACAACUGCGCGGCCGUCUGCGAUGCCCUGGUAACGCCCUCGUUCUCUCUGAACGCUUUCUUCGCUUUCUACGACGCCUUCACCGCGAAGCACGGCACCUUUCCCUUGGGACGCGUCCAGCAGUUCUUCACAGACGCCCAUCGCCAACACCUGCGCAAUUCUUAUACAAUUUUCCUAGGCCCCGGCGCCGACGUGCCUGCUGUACAAGCAUUCUUGACGCCGUUCAUGGCCUCUGGAGAUGCCAAUGCCGACGACGAUAGCAUUCCCACCCCCGCCCCCGCUUCCGGCAGUACACCUUCCCUCCGGCCCCGCCUCGGGAGCUGGCAGGUCGACAUGCUCGACAUGUUGGGCUUGUUUCGCACGGACUUGAAGGGCGAUUUUGCCCGCCAUUUGGUUGCCGCCGCCAAAGCCGGCUGGGAUGCCGACGACUACCUGCGCGCACUCGUGCAAGCAGCGCACAAGCGCGCGGAAGACACCAAGAAGCGCAGCAAGUCGCCUCAUCGCAACCGCCCGCAGCGCUUCAAGCCAGCCGACCACGCCGAGGCCGUCGCUGUCCUCCAAGCCCAGGGCAAGCGCAAGUCUCCUACUAGCCACGCUUCCUCUGACCGCUGCGCUCUCGAAGAGGCGGCCAGUACCGGCGCCCAAGACUCCGACGACGUGAUCCGCGUAUUGCUUGGCACCGCGCCACCGACUCGUCCCCAGGACCAUCGAUCCCCUUCGCCGAACCCUCGUGUCGGCCGCUGCGAGCCCACUCCUCCUACUUCGCUUCUUGACAUCCCUUCGGAUCCUCUGGUUUCAAAGUCACGCCCGCGUACAUAUCAAGCGGACCUCUCCCCGACCCACCAGCCCAAUUCCGCGCCUGCAAAACGACUCCGCUCGUCUUCACCACAACCAGCUACAGGCGGUUCGCACAGCAGCGGCAAACGCUCGAAAGGCAAGCGACCACGGCGUUCUGUUCGGUUUUCUCCAGCGGAGAGCAGUUCUCGGGAUUUUGACGGCUCAAAUACCAUCAAUGCCCCAACAUUUGACGUUUCAAACACACCGGCUGUCCUCUCGACCGAGGCUGAUGGCAACAACGAGGACAUAGUACGGCAAAAUGCCGUUCCACUGGCCUGGUCACUGACGACCGUCUCCAACGACGCAGCGUCAGUCCCCCGCAAACGGAGCCCUGCUCGUUCGAACUCAGCCGCCACACUAUCUCGUUCAUCAAAGCCGACAAGUGCUGGCGAUGAUGCUGCCGAAGCGUUGCGAGUCCUUCGACAGCCAGGGAGAGUGGUUGUCGUCGACGGCCACUACCGUCCUCUCAUGAAGAGGCACCCCGACGAAAUUCCCCUAGUGGUCCUACCAAUGUCUGAUGAUACGCACUGGAUAACUGCUACGAUCAGUCCAGCACAUCGCACUUGCAUCGUGGCGGACUCACUGCGGACAACUUCGCAUAGCGACUUUGAGCGCAGGCUUCAAACCUUUUGCAAGCGGCUGACUGUUGGAGACGACCUAGAUUGGUACGUCACUUGGGCCCGUGAUGCCGCUCAACAGGACGACGCUGCUUCGUGUGGCUUGUAUGCAGUCGCAGAUGCCAUCCUGCGUACUACCGACGUUGACCGACGGGAGCUCGACGUUGACAUCUUGCGGCAUCUUUUCUGCACUGCUCUGCCGGCGAUGCAAACGUCGACGGACAAUAUUGACACAUCAUUAGAGAUAGCAAGCCCUCCAAAGUGGCACCUUCCGGAAGAGAUUCUCGUGGGCAUGAAUGACUUGUCCAACGUAGACAGACUGCUCGACGAGAUCAAAAAGCGCAAAGAACAACACUUCGCUGCCGUCGAUAACUACCGAAGUGACAUCAAGCGCAAGAAGAGCACUUGUGCAGCCCUUCAAGCGGCGAUGGAGCAGAAUAUACAGGCAGGCGAAGCCGCUCGACAACGGCUCGAGGAGACGACCCCAGUUCGCAAGCAGUACUUGGCCGUGUGUGAACAAAUCGCGCAAUUGCCACCCUUUGCUGUAGCAGACGAGUAUCAGAGAAGAUACGCAUACGAACCACAAGUGCGAGGCAUUGAGCAGCUGUCACAGCUGGGUCGCGAGUACAGGAAAGGGCAACGUACUCAACAACCUGAUGGACAAGGACCUCGAGUGCGAAAUCGUUGA